AUGAGAUGAAGCCAUCGGCUGGUAUUUAGAAUAAUAACUAGUAACGCCUAGUUUUUUAUUUUCUCUGUGAACCAUGGUGCACAGAUUAUAAUAUUUCUGUCAUCCACCUCUCAUCUGUCAAAAUAAAUAAUAUAAAAUAUAACCUCAAUUCGUUUAUUAUUUUACUAAAACCUUAUUAUUUAAUCACUGAGUUGUGUAUAUUACCAGAUGAACUCAUUAUACUAGUAUUAGUACGGUUAAGUAAUCAAAUAGUGUAAAGAUGAGUUCUCUAAUUAAUGCUCUGAAAAGACUACACAUAACAGUAGCUCCUCAAGUAAGGGUAUUUUCGUCGGUGAGCAGCACACCGGCGGGCGGCGACGCGGUGGCCGUGUCCCGCGAGCACUGGCAGUUCCCGCCGCAGUACACGAAGCCGCGCGAAGUAUGGAUCGAAAACUUGGACACAAUCGAGGAAAAGAAACUGGGCUUGAUGGAGCUUCACCCGAGUGUGUACGCCGCGUCGCCGCGCAUCGACAUCAUCCACAACAACGUGACCUGGCAGAAGAAGUACCGCUGGGUGUCGUGGGCGCACACGAAGACGCGCGCGGAGGUGCGCGGCGGCGGGCGCAAGCCGUGGCCGCAGAAGGGGCAGGGGCGCGCGCGGCACGGCUCCAUCCGCUCCCCGCUGUGGCGCGGCGGCGGCGUGGCGCACGGGCCGCGCUCCGGCACGCCGCACUUCUACAUGCUGCCCUUCCACCUGCGCCUGCUGGGCCUCACGUCCACACUGUCCGCCAAGCUCGCGCAGGACGACCUGCACAUCGUCGAGGACCUGCACCUGCCCACAGAUGAGCCAGGCUACCUUGAACAAUUGAUUGAAAGCAGAAACUGGGGACCAUCCGUUCUGAUUGUUGAUGUUGAUGACAUAGUGCCCCGUAACAUAACGGCUGCGACGGAAGGUCUGGCGCAUGUGAAUGUGAUGCCGGUGUACGGGCUGAAUGUGUACUCCAUGCUGAAGCACUCGGGGCUGGUGCUGACGCGCGCAGCGGCGGCGGCGCUGGAGCGGCGGCUGCUGCGCCACCUGCACGCGCCCACGCUGCACCAGCAGCAGGCCUUCAAGCUCGACCAAGUGUAAUGCUCAUCACAUUGGCUACUUAUAAUAUAAUAUAUGUACCUAGGAUUUUUGUUAGUAAUAGCUUUAAUUGUUAAUAAAUUGAACUUUGGCACUA